AACACAAUUGAAUAAGUGAAUGUGUGACAGUUGUCUUCUGAAUGGCUGUCAAAUAAUUUGUGAAGUUCAAAAUAUAUCAUUUUAGAGUUGGUGCAUAUUUAAGGAAUUUAUUUUGUACGGUGUGAUGUAGAAUUUCUGUCAAAUAGAGAAAUCGUGGAAAAACUUUAUGGUGUCACAUUAUCUGCACCUGAAUAACGUAUUUUAAAGAAUGGCCGGGCAACAAAUCUGCUUGAAGUGGAAUAGUUUCCAGUCCAACAUUGUUACAAGUUUUGAGAGUCUGUGGGAAGAAGAAGGACUUGUUGAUGUUACAUUGGCUAGUGAUGGUCAGUGUAUUCGAGCUCAUAAAGUAAUUUUAUCAGCUUGCAGUCCGUUCUUCAGAAGAGUGUUUCAGAGCAAUCCAUGUCAGCAUCCAGUGAUCAUUCUUCAGGAUGUACAUUUCACAGAGCUUCAGUCUCUCCUCUGUUUUGUAUACAAAGGAGAAGUCAACAUUGAACAGGAUAACCUUCCUGCUUUAUUGCGAGCAGCUGAAACGUUGCAGAUUCGAGGACUUUCUGGAGCUUCAGAACAGGUUAAAGAGAAGAUGGCAGUUUGCACUAAGAAAAGUGCUUUGGUACCUGCGCAGGAGAGUUCCCAAGACUCUGCACCUCCUGUGAAACGUCAACGAAGUUUGCAACAGUCCCAAUCCCCACCUCUGCCUGAUACCCCUCUCGCCCUUACUCCUACCUCUCGUCCUUUUCGUCCCCGACGCCCGUCCACGUCGUCAGUGGAACCUUGGGAGCAGCCUCAACAGCCAAGUGAACCUGAAUUUCCACCUAAAGUUGAACCGAGGGACAGUGAGUCAUGCAGUCUGUCCCCACAUUUACUGUCGAUGGAAGACCCACUUGAGGACAGCACAGAUGGUUCGCUCGGAACAACUCUAGAUCUGGCAGGGGCUGAAGGAAAACUAGCAGGAUCUGAUGCUAGUCAAGUUAAAGGCUUUUCAAAGUCAGAGGGAUCAACUUUUAAUGCAGACCCAAACUAUGAUCCAGCCCAAGCUUCGAAGAACUUCCUAUAUCCGCCGUUUCCUUGCCCUUUCUGUGAUCGGGCAUACACAAGCUGGGGCUUCAGGCGUCGCCACAUUAAGGCCGUUCAUACACAGUCACCGAGGCUUUCAUGCAAGUGGUGCCUUCAAGUGCUGCCCUCACACAGUGACUGGGAACAACAUGUUAUGUCAGAGCAUAAUCUUUCAUCAGCAGAUGCUCGUAAUGGAUUGUUGAUUCUGGAAGAGGCUCACAUUGUACUACAAAUCCCAAAUCCAACUCGGUUGGAUACUUUUGUCAGUAUGAUUAAGAAAAUUAGCAGUAACGAUGCAGAGAAAUCAAGUGGUUCAAGCACCAGUCAAGAUCCUGAAAUGGCCAAUGAAACAACAAAGAUGGGCACAUAGUACAGACUUAAGAAUCCUAGAUGGAUUAAUAUUGUGGUAAGAAUGAUACGGAAAACAUUAGCUUGGAAGCUAUAUGUUUCAGCUAGUCUGAUAUCAGGUGAAUGACAGUAAGUCCUCAGGGAUAACGAGGCCAGAAGAAAAAUCCUGGAAGUUGUGAAGGUGUGACAUUUUUGUGAUAGUAUCAGUUUGUUGCAGACUUGUAAAUAACUUGAAUAGGCUUCGAUACUCGAGUUCUUCAAGUCUGAUAUUAAUGGUGAUAUUAGGGUUUGGCGAUUUAAAGCUGCACUAGGCUUGAGCACUUCUGUGUGGCACAUUCAUCAUAUUUAAUUAUUGUUUCGUCUCGCUGUCGCCAUUUGUCAGCAGCGAAGUAAUAAUAAAUUCUAAGUUGGAAGUAGAAGAUCAGUAUGGCAUUUUGCUUCCUUAAAGUUUGUAUUUGUUGACCCAUCAUAAUCGCAACACUACAGAAUCCUGUUCCAGAAUUGACAAAUCAGUGUGUAUGUGUGCUCUGAUUGCUAGUAGGUCAGCCUCUCAUUUUUGUGAAAUAUGUUCAAGUUCUCAUGGAACACCCCUCUUGUCAUUAGCCAGCGUGACAUACAUGAUCUUGUUCAGCUGAAUUAAGAAAUUGCAUGCAUUAAAGCUGUGUAGAGUCGGAACAAACCAUUCUGCUGAUGUGUCACAGAAUUAGGAAGAUAUUUUAGAUAGUACUAAUGUACUACAUAAUUAAUUUUAUAUUUAUCCUUUGAUUAUAAUCACUUAGGCAUUGCAGUAAUAGUUCUGACACAUAAGUAUGCUUAGGAAUAAAUAGUUGUAAGCAAAAAAAAAAUGUAUAAAUUUAAAUUAAAGCAAGUACUUUGACAUAAAAUAUAU